AUGCACACCGAGCUCGUCAUUCGGCGGGGGGAGGGGAGGCUGCACCCGGGCCGCCCCAGUCCGGACCCCGGGGGACCCGUCUCGAGCCCAAGGACACCCCCUCCCCCCCCGACCCAGCGCCGCGGGCUUCCUCUCGCCGCCCAGCUCCUCCCGCCCUCCUCCCACCGCCGUGCGGCGGCGCAGCUCCGGGCAGCCCCGAAAUCCGAGCGGGGGCUGCGGGCCGGGCCGCCCCUUGCACCCCGCCCCCGGGGCCAAGCGCGGCUCACGCUGCGGGAGGCUCCGCACACGCCUCACCUGGGGCCGCAGCCGCCGCAGCUCCCACGCAUGUCACCGGCCCGCAACCACCAGCCUAGCACUCCGCCCGGCCGUGGGAGCUUUAAACUCCAGGCUGACCUACGAACCUGCGGCGAACGUCAUGCGCGCUUCCUGAUCCGUUACCUUGGAAACGGCUUAACCCUUUCCUCCGGCAAGAUGCUCAGGCGCUGGCCGGCCGCGCAGGACCGGGAAGGCCUAGUCCGGGCGAGUUGCACAGCCUCCUCGGCGGACCUCUCAUCCAGGCGGGAAGUCCCCGGAGGAUGCGGAAGACGUUUGGAACUUGGCAUCCUCGUGAUGAGGAGUCCUAACCCCUGUUUGGGAGAUGGGGGGUCAAAGGGUGCAACCCUCGUGCAUCCCAUUUCUGCAUUGGGCGGGCUGCUGCAGAUGUCAGGCACGGCUCCAGGCCGUGGAUUGAGCAGCGAUGGGGGCAGAGGAGUCUGGGUGCUUACGGGGGAGGAAGGGGAGAAGGACAACAAAUGUUGGGGGGCGUCAAGCUCAAUGCAAGGAAAAUCACAACAGUCGAUGCUGCGAUGGUGAUGGUGAUGAUUGGGCGGCUGCUGGAGGGGCGGGCCUUUGGAGGACACGCGGAAGCCGUGGUUUGCUUCAACCGCCAGGCUGACGUCGGAUGGAAGAGCGUUCCAGGCAAAGUGAAGAGCGAAUUCAAAGGCCUUGCAUUGGGUUUGAUGGGGGGGGGGGGGG